AUGGCUCAUGCAAAGAAGAUGCACCAUUUACCACCAUCGAAGAGGGCAUUACUUGAACCCUACUCACCCUCGACCGAUACAUGUACACCUUAUCCGGAAGGUCUUGCAGCAGAUGGAUUUGAGCCUAUUGGACCAUCUCUGUCUCAAAUUAAUGUGUUGUCAGGAUCUGAGACUAUUGCACCAACGCCGUCUCAAACUAAUGCACCACAUGGAUUUGAGAUUUGUGAAGCAUCUCUGUCUGAAACGCAGGCACCAUCUCCUCAAAGUCAAACAAGUGGCGCAGGUGCAUCUUCAUCAAGGCGAGUGCGGGGACCAACAGUUGGAAAAGCAACAACAAAAAGAGUUGCCAACAAUAAUGGGAACAAGCUCUACAUUCCAAUCACUGAGACAUUCAAUGCAUUCGAAGGGGUGCUAGCGACCCCAGGAGCUAAUGAGAUUGGCAUUCAGAUUAGGAGGAUGUGCCCCAUUCAAGGCGUUAAAAGUUGGACUGUUGCUGAUCCUGCAACAAAAGGGGCUGUUGUACAAGCUGUCCGGGUAUGAUUUAAUUUCUUUCAUAGUAUGUGUGGAUUAUGGAAGAAGUGCACUUUUCAUGUGCAUGUAGGAUGGGAGUUUGUUUUGUUUGUUGGUUAUGAAAGCUUGUCAUGCAUAGUAAAACUCUGCAUAUCUCGUUCCACAACAGUUUUACCUAUUAGAUUGCCAUUCUGACCCUCUGAUUCAUAAUGGUAAUCAUGGUACCACCUCAGGAAUCGUAGGGCAGAGAAACAACUAAAUUAUAGGGUGUUAAGGAAUUAUGAGCACUGUAUUGAGUUUGCACUAAUGCCAUUUGUCA